AUGGCCAACAGAAGCCUAAAUACUCGCCCACAACGCGCCAUCAGUCCAGGAGAUUCUCCAGCUCCGCUUACCAAGACAUGCCAGAAUUGUGCUACUGCAAAAGUCAAAUGCAUCCGUACUGGUGAUGUUUCAACGUGCAACAGAUGCCAACGUCUUAGCAAAGAUUGCGUAUAUCGCAGUGCUCGUCGAAGGUUCUAUGGCAAUAAAAGUGAUAAUCGGAUUGAACAACUCGAGGCUCGUGUAAGCGAACUUCUUGAAAAACAGUCGUCGGAUACACAUCGACAGUCAGACAACUCGCCCUCGUCGAGCGCAACCCUCGAGACAUCUAGAUUUCAACAAACAGGUAUCGUCCAUCAGAACGCGUGGGCAAGAGAAUCUUUCUAUUCUACCCCUCCUGGCAAAACUGAGGAUGUCAUCGAUAUAGGUCUUCUUUCUUUGCAGAAAGCUGAACAGUUGUUGUCGGUAUAUAGAGCCUCCAUGAUUUACCAUUUCCCGUUUGUCAUGCCAUCUCCACAGCAUACUGCAGAAACUCUGAGACAGAGUCAGCCGUACCUGUUUCUAGCCAUUAUGGCGAAUGCCUCAUAUCAAGAGAUGACGCUACAACGCAAACUGGCAACGAUGAUGUGCAGCCAAGUCUCUCGUCAUAUCAUUGCGCGAGGUGAGGUAUCAUUUGAUCUUCUGCAAGCUCUGCUUGUAUUUGUUGCUUGGAGCCAAUACCACCCACGACCACGUCGUCAUUCUCAGCUACUGCACCUAGCGCUCAGUAUUCUUAUUGAUCUGCGAUUGGAGAGACCUUCGGAACAGUACUCUUGGAGGAAUGGCAUGUCAUUUCAUCCGGACUCAUUCGGACAGAAAGAGGGGUCAGCGGAACCGGCCUUGAAGGACAGGCAACGGGCGGUGCUGGGCUGCUACUUUCUUACCUCUUCGAGCGCUAUUCUACUUCGUAAAUUGAACACUCUACCAUUCUCGGCCGACAUACUGAAAUACGCCGAGAAUCUAUACCUGACUCCUGAAUACGAUACCGACAAGUAUCUUCUUGCACUUGUAACGGUACAGAGGCUGUGGGAAAGAAUAGAAGCCAUGCCAAUUGGUGCCGAUAGCGAUCUUGAAAACCAUAACUCCUCAACCCGUAUACAAAUGAAAAUGAUACGCGUGGAAUUAGAUGCAUUUCGCGACUCAUUACGCUAUCCUAUUGGAGAGUUGCAUCUACUUGAGCAUCUUUACAAUGUCGCCAGUUUAUACCUCGAUCAAAUUGGCCUGUUGGCUCGCACACACCCGAUAAGUGCAUCUGCAACAUUCUCAGUGCCUUGGUAUUCGGAGCUGCUGCGAUCUGGCUUGCUGACCGCUAAUUCCUUCUUCAAAACCUUUCUCAGCAAGUCAUCAGACAGCAAGAGAGUUCUUACCAACUUUGAGGCGACUUCGACCGGAUUCUUUCUUAUAGUCGCGCCAAAGAUGGUGGUCACGGCAACGGAAUUGGGAACAGCACCGGAGAUCACGGCGGUUCUACAAGACAUCGACAUGGACAAAAUACUGGAUCAGAUGCUUACACAAAUUGAGUGCUUAGUCUCGGACGAUGUUGAUUUUUCGGGUGAUCGAGACAUUUUUUACCAUUUCACGAAACGAAUCCGCGGCGUUAAAGAGUGGUACAAUCGGCGACCGCGCACUCAAGCCGGAAACCAAGGCCAAGAUCAAGUACAGCUCGAAAAUCUGCCAAUACUCAGCCUCACAGAACCACAAUUGGGAGAUCAAUGGAUGGACGCCCUGAUGGCGGACGGAUAUGGCUGGUAUGAUUUACCGAUGCAUCCGCUGUAA